CUUUCCCCUUAACUUUUCCUUAAUUCUGCAUUUUAUGCAUUCUCCAGCAGGUGAAAAAAAAAAUCAGCAGCUUCAAACCGAAUGAUCGCUGAAAAUUUCGGUUCUCGAAAGCCGAAAUCCGGUUCGGUGAGCUGAGAGUUCGUCUCGGUUUUCGAUUCGAGUUUUUCAUGUGAAGUUCGGAACCCAGAUAGUGAAGCUGAUUGAAGAGUAUUUGUUACACUACUUGAUGAUCUGUCUGUCUAUAGUUAGAAAGGCUGUACGAGAUUAAGUUUGUGAAUGAUAUCCUGGAGAGCUAAGUUGAUUUUUAUAUGCUGUCAUGGAUUACUCUGUAAGCGAGAAAGCCUUCUCAAAUAGAGAUGUCUAUGUUGGGAACUUUAAGGGAAUUCUGCCUCAUGGUGACGGUAAAUACACUUGGUCUGAUGGAACAGUAUACGAGGGUGAUUGGGAAGAAGGGAAAAUGACAGGUAAAGGGAAGCUAAUUUGGACAUCAGGAGGACAAUAUGUCGGUGAUUUCUCUGGCGGUUACCUUCAUGGUGAUGGCAUUUUUAAUGGACCUGAUGGUUCUUUCUACCACGGUUCCUGGAGGAUGAAUAUUCAGCACGGGAUGGGAAAAAAACAGUAUUGUAAUUCAGAUAUCUAUGAAGGAUCUUGGAAGGAAGGAGUACAGGAAGGUAGUGGUAGGUAUCUGUGGAGUAGUGGGAAUACAUAUAUUGGGAGUUGGAAAGGCGGGAAAAUGUGUGGAAGAGGGGUCAUGAAAUGGGAAAAUGGUGAUCUGUACAAUGGCUCUUGGUUAAAUGGGUUAAGAAAUGGGUCUGGAGUUUACAGGUUUGCUGAUGGAGGAUAUUAUUUUGGAACAUGGUGUCGGGGCCUAAAGGAUGGAAAGGGAACAUUUUAUCCAGUAGGAACUAAACAUCCAUCCCUAAAGAAGUGGUGCAGCUCUGUAGGAUAUAGCAGUGAUGGAUCAAGCUCGUUGUCGGGACAUUUGCUAAAUUCAAUGGAAGGCAAGGCUAGACCAACUGUCAAGCGCAGUUUUUCAGAGAAAAUAUCUAUUGGUGGAAUUUUAAGAAAUUCGAGGCGUAUAUCACACAAGGCUAUGUCAUUAGAUAAAAAUUGGACCCAUAAUGAUCCUUCUAGAGAGUUCAUACGUUAUGACUCCUUAUGCUCAUUGUCCCAAGCCUCUGAGGAUAUUCAACAUGAGACGCAAGAUAAUAACACUUCAGUUUAUGAGAGAGAAUACAUGCAAGGGGUGCUGAUUAAAGAGAGAGAGCGGAAUCAUACAGAGAUAUCCCGGAAAAAUAAACAACGAAAUAAAAUUUCAAUGAAACCAACGAGGUCAUGCAUUGACAUGUUUGGAGCCCACAGAAGCUAUUAUCUAAUGCUUAAUUUGCAACUCGGUAUCAGGUACACUGUUGGGAAGAUCACACCAGUUCCUGUACGUGAAGUUCGAUCUUCUGAUUUUGGAGAACGAGCCAGAAUAAGGAUGUAUUUUCCCAGAAGAGGUUCUCAGUUUACACCUCCGCAUUAUUCAGUUGAUUUCUAUUGGAAAGAUUAUUGCCCGAUGGUCUUCAGGAAUUUAAGGGAGAUGUUUAAAUUAGAUGCUGCCGAGUACAUGAUGUCCAUUUGUGGCGAUGAUGGUUUAAGAGAGCUUUCUUCUCCGGGGAAAAGUGGCAGUAUCUUCUAUCUUUCUCAUGAUGAUAGAUUUGUCAUCAAGACUUUAAGAAAAUCAGAACUGAAGGUUCUGCUCAAGAUGCUGCCUAGCUAUUAUUGCCAUGUGGGAGAACAUGAAAACACUCUCAUCACAAAAUUUUUUGGGCUCCAUCGGAUAACAUUAAAAGGUGGAAAAAAGGUACGGUUUAUGGUCAUGGGGAAUAUGUUUUGCACUGAAUUAAGAAUUCAUCGCCGUUAUGAUUUGAAGGGUUCAUCUAUUGGAAGAUGUACAGACAAAAAUAAAAUUAAAGAGAAUACCACAUUGAAAGAUCUCGAUCUGUCAUUUGAAUUUCACAUGGACAAACUGUUGCGAGAAGCCCUUUUCAAGCAAAUAUCACUAGACUGCAUGUUUCUACAAUCUCAGCAGAUUAUCGAUUAUAGCCUUCUGUUGGGUCUACAUUUUAGAGCUCCCGAGAAUCUGAAGGGAUUUUCACAACCUCCUGCUACAAUGCACAAUGAUGAGAGUUUACCUACUAAUGAUGGUGUGACUUCUCAAGGGGAGCUUUUGAUUCCUCCUAAAGGUCUUCUGCUGGUAACCCAUGAGCCUGGCUCUGUCAGUACCGCACCAGGUCCUCACAUCAGAGGAAGUACAUUGAAAGCUUAUUCUCUCGGUGACAAAGAAGUCGAUCUUCUAGUCCCUGGUACAGGAAGGUUAAGAGUGCAAUUAGGUGUAAACAUGCCAGCCCAGGCCUAUCAUAAGCUUGCGCAGGACGAGGUUGAUUCAACAGAAGUAGAACUUUUUGAAUUUUACGACGUGGUUCUUUAUAUGGGGAUAAUUGAUAUACUGCAGGAAUACAACGCGAAGAAGAAACUUGAGCAUGCUUACAAAUCAUUGCGGUUUGAUCCUCAAUGCAUUUCUGCUGUGGAACCAAAGCUGUAUGCUAAGCGUUUCAUCAAUUUCUUGGAGAAGGUUUUUCCGGACCUGCCAUAACGUGUUCUUACCUUCUUUCGUGUUCAUGCUCAUUUCUCCGAGCAACACGCGAUUCUUGUGUAGUCAUUUGUAAAGUGUUGUGAUCUAAGAUUUCAUUGUAUGAUAUCUAGUUGUUUUAAGAAUUAAAGUAUACAUCCGUUGUUGGCACAAGGUGGAUAAUGAGGCCAGUUGGGCAUUUUCUUCUUAUAUGUGGUGUAAAGCAUUGUAUUUCGGGUACGUUGAAAUUUCUCCUCAACCCCUCUAGACCCCAAUUACUGAAUGCUGAUUAGCAUUUUCAUCUGGUUCA